AUGGUUGUGCACGGUUUUAAUAGAGUGGACGAUACCCUAGGAGCAUUGCCUACGACUGAAGCUAAUCUUGAGAUGGACAAUUUAAUAGCAGAUGUAUCAGACAUUGACUUUAUCAUUGAGAGCCAACUAGAAAAUCAAAUUGGAUUGGGAUGUUUGCCUUUCUCAAAUAUGAACAAGUCCGGUGCUGGCGUUUGUCGUUUUUUUAUUAUUAAUCAAUGUCCCCUUAAUAAUUUAUGUCCUUUGAGACAUAUCAAAGCUGACAGGACAGUCGUAUGCAAGCAUUGGCUUCGUGGAUUGUGCAAAAAAGGUGAUGACUGCGAGUUCCUACACGAAUAUGACAUGACUAAAAUGCCAGAAUGUUACUUCUUUUCGAAAUUUGGAGAGUGUAUGAAUAAAGAAUGUCCAUUUCUUCAUAUUGACCCCGCUUCUAAGGUACAGGAUUGCCCUUGGUAUGAUAGAGGGUUUUGCAGAAACGGUCCUUUGUGCCGAAAUCGACAUGUCAGACGAGUAGCGUGCAAAAACUACAUAAAUGGUUUUUGUCCUAAAGGACGUGAAUGUAAAUAUGCGCAUCCUAUAUGGUGGCCCCUUCCAGGAAGUGAUCAAGAUACACAGAAAAGCCGCUGGAUAUGUCAUUACUGCAAUGAACGUGGACACAAAAUACAAUUUUGCCUCAAACUAUCACCUGAGGAACGUCUUCGACUACAGGAGCAGCAGCGAAUGCAGAAUAUUAGCACUGGCGGCGCAGCGUUACCUCAACAAGGUGUUAAUCCCGGAUCUCGUUUUGUUUCGGAACGUCUCAAGUUCGGUGGUCUUAUGGGGACCUCACAGGCUGCCCCUACUGGACCUCGACAAGGCCCACAAAAACCACUUGACGAAGUAACAUGUUUUAAAUGUGGAGAGAAAGGACAUUAUGCGAAUCGAUGCAACAAAGGCUAUUUAGCAUUUCUCAGUAAGGUUUCACUACAACCCCAUGAAAUGGAGAGUGCUCGUGGCUGA